AUGAGCAAAGCUCACCCUCCUGAGUUGAAAAAAUUUACGGACAAGAAAUUACCAUUGAAAUUAAAUGGUGGCAGACGUGGCCAAGGAAUAUUGCGGGGCUUCCAUCCCUUUAUGAAUCUUGUGAUGGAUGAAUGUGUGGAGAUGGCAACUAGUGGGCAAGAGAACAAUAUUGGAAUGGUGGUAAUUCCAGGAAAUCAUAUCAUCCUGUUAGAAACCUUGGAACGAGUAUAAACAAUGGGUGUGUUCACCGGAAGAAACCAACCGCUUUCACAUGUCCCCUCCAUAGCAUCUGUUUUACUACAAUAUAAAAAUCAGGUCGUGCGUUUUCAUAUUGAACUUUUAUGCUAAAUAAACUUUCUUAAUAGUCCAAAAAUGCUUUCGCAGGCAUUCUGAACAUGAAAAAUUGAAUGGUAGCUCUUAUUCUAGUUUUUUCUAACACGAGCUGUUCCUGGUUGAGACUGAUUUGUUCCAAAGCUUUAACGCAUUAAUACGGAAGAAUCUGAUUAAAUGUGAGGCGUGACUAGGCUGGCUUUUUUUCAUCUUUUAAUGGAAAGAUAAAGAACCUGCAAACCUGAGCAGAUUUCUUCUGAAACAUUAACUGUAAUUUUCAACACUCUUGUAAUAGUUUUGAUGUACUCU